AGUAACAUCUCUCAAUCUUAACGUUAAAGAUUCGCGUAUUAUUACUCAAAAUUAGACUAAAUGUAUGUAUAUCUUUUUUUAUUUUUCGAUAUGAGAUGGAAUUCGGUGCAAAAUUUCCCCUUUUUCUUUCAAAUGAUUUGCAGCGGACUUCACUCGUCGUUCAGUGUGAAAAGUGGAGGGGAUCGAAGUUGACGCGGAAGGUCGAAAAUCAGCUGUCAGAGAAAUGAAAAUAUUAGUGAUAGAAUUAAAACGCAUUUGAGCGUGAUUUUCCUGGCCAUUUGCUGCGCCUUCAAGUGAUUUUUCAUGGCCGGAAGCAACAAUUCAGAUGACAGCAAUCGCGCCCCCGAGAAUUUCCAUCUAUCCUCGUCAAACGACGGCACAGACAUCAGCUUGGGCCAGUCAGCCAAGUGUCCAUUGUGUCUAAACCAAGCGAAGCUCUUCUACUGUCGCGACUGUCUGGCCAACGGGGACUUUCACUCUAAGAAGAACUGGUCGAAUGAGAGGUUUGCAGAGAAGAAGAUUCAGUGGCUGAAUCAGCAGUCCAACUCGAAGACCAUGGAGAUCAAGUGCGGCCAUCUGAUGCAGAGGAACAACCGCGUGGACGGGCUCCGGACGCGGAUCAAGCUGAAGGAGCAGCGCGUGACGCUGCUGCGGAAGCAGAUCGCCGACAUUCGCGGUCGCAUGGAGAGCGGGAAGAAGGAGCUGGCGGCUCUUAGUCAGCGCAACAAGGAGCUACAGCGCACGCUGCCCAGAUAUGGGUAUAAAGUUCGCGAGCUAGACGAUUACGUGACGAACAAGCUGGGCGCCUUGAAGAAGCAGUGGGCAGACCACGUCACAGUGCGGGCAGAGCUGAAGCACCUAAUCAGGAGCAGCAUCAACCGUCUGAUCCGCUUCAUCUUCCCCAUCGAGCGCUCCGUGCGCGAGGCGCCCGGCGGCCAGAGUACGGCCAAGGAGCUGGCCGAGGCCACUCACACGGCCUACAUCCGCGGCAAGUGGGUGCUGCAGGACAGCCUGGGCGAGGUACAACACACUAUCGUGGCGCCGCACUUGCCCGGGAACGGCGACUACUCGGCCUACAGUGACUGGGUGGCCACGCACAAGGAUGGCGUGCCCGCGACGAGCGACCGUGACGCUCCGCUGGACCACAAUCCGGCCUUCCGCAUCAGUGCGGCGCUCACGUACACGGCACAGCUCGUGCAAGUGCUGAGCUACUAUCUGGACGUGAGACUGCCCUUUCGAAUGAACUACAGCGACUUCUGCAGCAGCUAUAUGAACGAGGGUAGCUUCAACAGGCGCGUGACACGCUUGAACGCCAACAUCUUCUUCCUCUGCUACACACAGCGCGUGCGGCUGUCGGAAUUGAAUCCCAUGCACACCAUCGAGAACAUUCAGAUUCUGCUGCAGCUGGAGCACAGCGAUCUAGGCUGGAUGGGUCACGUGGAGCCCACAAACACGCCCACGAAGUCCGUCGAGUCCCUGCUCAAGAGCGGACUGGAGUGUGACAAUGAUUCUGAAUCUGAAGAUGAGAACAGCUUUCCCUACGAAUGGGAAGCUGUGCCGCAUCUCUCGUCGCUGGACGUGGCUUCGCCGACGCCGAUCGUGCCCACUGCCCAGAAUCCGCUUCAGACUGCCAGCCUAGUGACCAGCGCAGCCGCCUCGAUAGCUUCUCUGUGGCGUGGCUGGACGACAGGAAAAUGAGUUCACGAGUCGCGCAUUAUCAUUAUCCGGGCAAUUUUUCGUAAAUAAAAUGUUUGAUCAUACAAACUUUGUAUUUUUCCUACUCAAUUUGUGUCAUGGUACAAUUUCACCUCAAAUCGGUGCUCUUUCUGAUAUCUUUUUAGGCGAUUCGUCAAUUUACUUGCCUUUUCACUUGAUAGGAAAACCAACGAAUGAACAUGAAUGCGCAAUGUUUAAUGCCAAAAGUGGAAAUUGAGAAACUGGAUGAUAAAGAAUGAGGCUUUCUGCAUAUCGUAUUAUUAUUGCAUUACAAUAUUGUGGUAAGAUACAAUAUUUGUAAUUAUAUAGAAAAAUUUGCCAAUACAUUCUUUUGCUAUCUCUUCACAAUAAAGGGACAAUUUUAAUACGCAAAGGUACUUGUUUUUCUGGGACAAUAUUACAGCACCAAUUUACAGUUUGUUCUUCUUCUAUGAACUUCUUUGCUGUUCCUCAGUUAUGAAAGAUCCAACUUGAUAUUGUGUGUUUUCCUGC